AUGACAGAUAGUUUAGUUUCUGUGCUGACAUCUCAAGAGGAAGUUGAUCAGGCAAGAUUGUAUCAAGCAGAAGCAGACAGGCAGCAUGAAGAAGCGGUGAGCCUGAUUGAAGUGCAUUUGAAGGAGAGGAAGGAUGAUCCACCAUCAGUUACAUCAAAGCAGGCGUCAGACUCUGCAGCAUCAGACAAGACGUCAGCAUCCCGGCUGGCAGAGAUAGAGGCCAAGGUGAAGCAGCUAGAGUUGGAGCAGCUGCAGCAAAGGCUUGAGACGGAGAAGGAAGAGCAACAGAUCCAGAGGAAGAUGAAGCUACAAGAAGCAAAGGAUGCUCAUGCAGCUGCCGAGCUGCGUGCACAGUUGGCAAGAGCAGCUGAAGAUGACCUAGCGUGGGACCGGAGAAAUGAUUUCUGUGGUGAGACCAAGGUCUGGGAAGCCCAAGGGGCACCUAGUGAAGAAGCUGGUUCGACUCAUCUCAGCCGAGCCAUCCCACCAGCUGCACGAGCUGUCCAAGGGGCAGCCACUGUUGAAGUAGCCGGUCCGUCUCGUCCCAGCCACACCAUCUCACCGGCCGUUGGAGCUGUCCAAGGGGUAGCCACUGUUGAAGAAGUCGGUUCGUCACGUCCCAGCCACACCAUCUCACCGGCCGUUGGAGCUGUCCAAGGGGUAGCCACUGUUGAAGAAGCCGGUUCGUCACGUCCUAGCCACACCAUCUCGCCGGCCGUUGGAGCUGCCCAAGGGGCACUCGGCGCCGACACAGCUGAUUUGUUCUAUUACAGUCAUGUUCCCCCACCGGCUGUUGGAGCUGCCCGAGGGGCACCCACUACUGAACUAGCCGGUCAGUUUCGACCCACAGCCAGUGAUGCAGUCGCCCGAGGGGCGCCUUGUGUUCCAUCGCUGCUGCACAAUAGUCUUCCGCGCUUGACUCUGCCGAAGUUCGGCGGCGAGCCGGCCGAGUGGCCGAAGUGGUGGGCUUCUUUUAAAGUUUUAGUACAUGAACAGAUCUCACUCUCCCCAACAGAAAAACUGAUACACCUGCAAGCAUCAGUGGUGGGUACUGCUAAGCUCACCAUCAGUGGGAUGAUGUUUGAUGGGGCCCUAUAUGAAGAGGCGGUGCAUGCUCUGCAGGACAGGUUUGGCCGCCAGGAAGAUGUCGUACACGCGUACCUGCAAGAGAUCUUCUCCUGCCCUGCGCCCUCCCAACUAGAUCCUGUUGGACUAGAGCGCCUGCACGCAUCAGUCCACUGUGCUGUCAUGAUAUUCAGGAGUCUCGGCUACGAUGGGGAUCUGAAUAGUUUCGAGAACCUAAGACGAGUUGUUCAAAGGCUCCCAUCUGAGAUGAAACGUCUAUGGGGAGAAUAUGUCUUGAACCUGGGAGAGAGGCCGACACUGGUGCACUUUGACGAAUGGCUUCGCAGGCAGGUCAGGGUGGCCCUCAACUACGCUGCCGUGUCUCCACAGCAGAAUAUGGCGACUGGCAAGAAGCCGGCAGGACAGCCCCAGCGGUGGAAGGGCGACGUGAAGCCGAGGCCCGUCCAAAGAAGUGCUCUGGCCACAGAGAUUGAUACAUCAGGCACGACUUGUGUAUGCUGCAAGGAGCAGCAUGAGGUGACAACGUGUCCGAUCUUCUUGAAGAAAUCGGUUGAUGAAAGAGCCCACUUCAUCGCCAGUGCGAGGUGCUGUUUCUUCUGUCUGAAGGCUGGACAUGGCGUUCGGCACUGUCGCUCGGCAAGGCCGUGCGGCAUCGACAGCUGCAAGAUGAGACAUCAUCAGGUGCUCCAUGGCAGCAAGAGGGUCGACCUCAGGAAGACUGGCCAGCGCGUGGUAGCAGCAGCAUCAGUGAAGGCGGGCGCGACCACAACCCUGCUGCAGGUCGUACCAGUCACCGUCCUUGCCAGUGGUGGCAAGGAAAAGCAGGUCUGGGCUCUACUAGACCCUGGCUCUCAGACUUCACUGGUGUCCGAGGAGGUAAUGACACAGCUGAAUCUUCAAGGGGAGCCACAAACCCUCCGCCUGCAAAACGUGGAAGGAUGCGGGCGCCUCCAGAACUCCGUGAAGAUGAAACUGGAGCUCAAGGCGUCAGGUGGCGACGGAUCAAGAAUAGUGGUCCCUGAAGUUUUCUCCGUCAGGGACAUCAACGUCACGGUUCCAGAGCUCCCUGACAAGAGGAUCGAAUGGAAGCACCUGCUGGACCUCGACCUUCCAGACUGCUCAGGGAAGAGGGUCGAUCUUCUUCUCGGCGCCAACGUCCUUGAAGCGGUGCUUCAGCUGGAAGCGAGGACAGGGAAGGCGGGCCAACCGGUGGCCAUCAGAACCGCCUUCGGGUGGACGCUGACGGGCACGGUGAAGGGAUUCCUGCCAGAACGAACGCGCCAGGUGAUGCUGAUCAGGAAGAUGGCUCCAGACGAUCAAAUGUCAGCAGCACUCCAGGAGUGGUGGAGCACGGAAUCGUUUGGGAGCAGGUUUGAAGGCCAGGAUGCCAAAUCUCCCCAAGACGUCAGAGCCGUGAAGAUCAUGGAAGACACAACCAGGAGACUGGACAAUCGCUACGAGACGGGACUCCUGUGGAUGAGUGAUGAUGUGUGCCUACCUGAUAACAAGAUGAUGGCGGCCAACCGGCUGUACUCCCUGGAGAAGACCCUGAUGCGACAAUCUGAGAAAGCGGAAGCUUAUAAGAAGGUUGUCGAGGGUUACGUCGAGCGCGGAUUCGCUCGCAAGCUAACCCCAGAAGAAGAUCAAGAAGCACACCCCAGGAAGUGGUACCUGCCACAUCAUGGUGUAACGAACCCCCGGAAGCCCGGGAAGCUCAGAGUAGUGUUUGAUGCGGCUGCCAAGUGUGGCAACACUUCUCUGAAUGAUGUGCUGCUCACGGGACCUGACCUUCUUAAGAACCUGCCCGGCAUCCUCCUGAGGUUCAGAGAGGAACCCGUCGCUCUGACCGCUGAUAUCGAGUGUAUGUACCACCAGGUCCAGAUAACUCCGCAAGAUCAACCAGCACUGAGGUUCCUCUGGAGAGAUUUGGAUGCAACGAAGCAACCAGAACCAUACACCAUGCAGGUCGCGAUCUUCGGGGCCAGAAGCAGUCCCGCAUCAGCAAACUUCGUCCUGCAGCAGACCGCUAAGGACUGCAGCAGUAGCACCCCGGCAGGGAGAGCAGCUAGAGAAGCGGCACUUACAAGCUUCUAUAUGGAUGACUUCGUCCACGCUACGAGAACCGAAGAAGAGGCAGCUGAGAUGCAAACCGAGGUGACAGAACUUCUCAGAAGAGGGGGGUUCAGGCUGACAAAGUGGAUGAGCAGCUCGCGGAAGGUCUUGGAACGGAUCGAAGCCGCAGAGCGCGUUCAAGACAUCGAUGUCGCGGUUCAGAGUGUGCUAGGCUGCGCCUGGAACACCAUCAACGACACCUUGGGAGUCAGAGCUGUUGACUCACGUGUACCGUCAACGAAGAGAGGAGUAGUGCAAGGAGUAGCUCGACUAUUCGACCCUCUGGGGCUAGUCGCUCCGUUCUCUCUCCAGGCUAAAGUUCUCAUUCAACGCCUCUGGGCGGGGAACUACGACUGGGACGAUGAGCUCGAGGGGACGGAGCUGCAGAGGUGGUCUCAGUGGCUCUCGGAGUUACACUAUCUGGAGCGGGUAACCGUCCCGCGAUGCUUCGGAGGCGCGUCGGCAAGUGACGGCUGUCAGAGAGAGCUUCACAUCUUCUGUGAUGCCUCUCAGGAUGCCUUCGGUGCUGCCGCGUACGUCGCUACGACGAUGCCUGAUGGUCGCCGCGUCUGCUCCCUGGCUAUGGCGAAGACCAGGGUGGCACCCCUCAAGCAGAUCUCAAUUGUAAGGCUGGAGUUGCAAGCAGCUGUGCUGGGCGUCAGAGUAGCAAACGUGCUACGGACGGAGCUGUCGGUCAGGGUGGAUAGGGUCCUAUUCUGGACCGACAGCACAGUUGUUCUGCAGUAUGUGAAAAAUGACAGCCGCCGCUUUCACACAUUUGUCGCUAAUAGGGUGGCAGAACUUCGAGAGUCUUCUUGCCCUGACCAGUGGCGACACGUGCCGUCGAGUCUGAACGCAGCUGACGUUGUUUCCAGGGGAGCUACGUUGUCUGACCUGUCAUCAGAUUCUCGCUGGAGCGCGGGUCCUGGGUUCCUGCUCCAGGAGGAGAACUGCUGGCCGGAACAGCCAUCUCUCACGAGUACGGCUGUGCUGAAAAACGACCCAGAAGUGAGGACGGAAUCAGUCAUGCUCACUGUGAAGCAUGACUCUGAUACUACGGUGCUUCCCGACGCUUCGAGAUUCUCUUCGUGGACGAAGUACAGAAGAACCGUGGCAUGGGUACUGAGGUUUGUGAAGAACUGUGCCCCAAAGUCCUGUCAGGAACGAGCAGACUGGAGACGCGCAGGACCUCUGUCAGCAGAGGAACUGAAGCAAGCAGAGACGAAGGUACUGAAAGACUGUCAAGCUAGAUGCUUCGCUGAAGAACUGGCAGAGAUCCAAGCUGGCAAAGAGGUGAAGACUGAAGGGAAGCUGCGACAAGUGACACCUUUCCUGGAUGGUGAGGGUGUGAUGAGAGUCGGUGGGCGUAUCGACAAAGCGCCCGUGGCCUAUUCGACUCGCCACCCGGUGAUCCUGCCAUCGAGAGACGACGUUACUCGCCUGGUAGUGACGCACUGCCAUGUGAAGGUUCUUCACUCAGGACAAGAAAGAACGUUGACAGAAGUCAGGAAGACAUAUUGGAUUCUGAAGGCCCGCUCGACAGUCCGGAGGAUCCUACACGAGUGUACCGUGUGCAAAAGACGAAGAGCGAUCGCGCAGGUCCCAAGAAUGGCAGAGCUGCCGGCCAGCCGGUAUGACACGUCCAGAGCCUUCAGCACGGUAGGAGUCGACUACUUCGGGCCAAUGUUCGUGAAGAAGUACAGGAGGACCGAGAAGAGAUACGGCGUCUUGUUCACCUGCUUCUCGACCCGCGCAGUUCACCUGGAGGUAGCAAACGCUUUAGAUACGGACAGUUUCGUCAUGGCACUGAGGAGAUUCAUGGCAAGGAGAGGGAAGCCAGACUCAAUGUACUCCGACAAUGGGACGAACCUCGUCGGAGGUGAACGUGAGCUCCGUGAGUCUCUACAUGAACUCGACCAAACUCGCAUUACUGACGAACUGAGUCAGGAGAACAUUAAGUGGACUUUCAUGCCUCCCAGCGCCAGCCACAUGGGCGGCGUAUGGGAAAGGCUGGUGGGCAGCGUAAAGCGCGCGCUCAGAGUGACUAUCGGAUCUCAGUGUGUGACCGAUGAGGUACUCCACACUGCGCUGCUCGAGGUGGAGUCAAUGGUCAAUGGACGGCCGCUGACACACGUCAGUCCUGACAGUACGGAUGUUGAGCCACUGACGCCAAAUCACCUUCUGCUCGGGUGUGCCAGCGCCAACAUGUCUCCCGGCAUAUUUCAAGACAGAGAGAUCAGCAGCAAACGACGUUGGCGUCAGUCACAAGUACUGGCAGAACAUUUUUGGAAGAGAUGGCGAAAUGAAUAUGUACCAACACUAGCCAGUCGGCAGAAGUGGUUGCGCGAGAGAAGAAAUCUCAAAGUUGAAGACGUCGUGCUGAUGAUUGAGGCAGACUCGCCACGCGGGUUCUGGCCCCUGGCCCGAGUUACAAGAGUGUUCCCGGGCUCGGACGGAGUAGUUCGUACCGUGGAACUGAUGGCAGCGGGGGGAGGCAAGUACCGGCGCCCGGUCAGCAAAGUGUGCCUCCUGGAGGAGGCUGAAUAAGCUCAGAACUGUUCUGUGUCAGAGCUGUGUUGAAGGAUGGCUGUUAUGUUGGUGACGACAGUGUUGUCCUAUCACGUAUAUCCCAAGUAUCCUAUGUUUUCCUUCUGUUUCUUCCUAACAGAUCCCUCCUGAUGGCGGCUAGCUGCGGCGGAGGUGCUCGUCGGCUGAGGUGAGCUGGAGUCCUCCGAAGCUGCGUCCGGGGACGCUCAUCGGCGGCGGCGAGCUGGUGCUCUCCGAGGCUGCGGCGAGCUGGUGCUCUCCGAGGCUGCGGCGAGCUGGUGCGCUCGUCAGCUGCGGCGAGCUGGUGCUC